AUGUCUCAUCGACCUCUAGACAUGAUCAAGCGCGAGCAGCGCGCCGCGGACCGCGCGCCUCACCUUAGAACGCGCAAAUAUGGCCCCGUGACGGACACCAUUGACUCGCUCGACAGUAUCGGCGGCGUCUACCAUCACGGCGGUCCCUAUGAUGCCACUUUGGCAUCCCGCAACCGCAACAAGAAGUAUGCGCCUGUUGAGGCUGUGAGGGAGUCCAACAUGGAGGCCUUGAGGGCUACGCCUCGCGAAUACAUUCAGGAUUCCCUGGACAAGCAUGUGCCUUUGCAAGGUACCGGUCUUAUUCCCGCCGGUGGCACUGACAUGAGCGGCAAUGUUAUGAACUAUGAGGAAGGAGCCGAUCUCAUGCGUGAGCCCAAUAACCAAGGCGGCGCUUACAAGAGAUGGGAUGGAAUCCAAUAUCAUCCUGAUGAUUUGAAGGGAAAGGGAGAGCCUUCUUACACCUACGAGAGAGACCUUAAGGAGAAGAAGCGCAUGCGUAAGGCUUCUCUCGGCAACAGCCCCGCAGAAUACGAGAUGCGCUCCGGCAUCAACGCUCAGUCACGUAAGGACAACGGGGCAAUGGUACGUCAGCGCAGUGUCAGCAAUGCUGCAGACGGAAGACCCGGCCCCUCCGAGUUGCCUAAGGGACAUUCCAACAGCGCCGACGUCCAUCGCCACAACAGCACCGGCAAGCAUUUCGGCGACAGCCUGAAGCGUCGUUUCGGCAGCAUCCGUCGCAAGAACCACGCUGCGGCGUAG